UAGUUAUCCGCCCACUUUAAUAUGAUGCGUGUAUAUUAAAGUGGCUGGAUAAUUGUGCCUCUGAGUAUAUGUAUUUCCUUGUUUGUUGUACACUUGAAGCGUGUAUCCAGAGCUCGCUCGGCCAGUACCACGAGAAUGUGAAGCUCCACUAUAAGAACAUGUCUCUUGGCGUGUUUCACCGCGGCACCUUCGACCACUCCGAGUGCGUCAAGGAACUGCUCAACUGCUGGGAGAAUAUCAAGUCAGACAUCGUAUGUACAUUCGGGAUAGCAUUCGAGUCGGUGUGUGGCUUGCUGCGCCAGCACUGCACCGACACCAACGAGGUGAUGCCGUACAAGAACUCCGCUACUGCUCCAGUACACGAGGGGUUCUGCGAUAAACUCUACCCGUAGUAAUAGGUAGGUAUAGUACUCGGCCUGCAAGUUGAGCUAUGCGCAGUAACACAUUUUCAUAUCCAACUGCUCCAGUACAGUCCUGGGUUCGAUCCCCGUCUGGGCCGAUUUAGAUCUUCUUAAUUGGUCCAGGUCUGGCUGGUGGGAGGCCGUGGCUAGUUACCACCUUACCAGCAAAGACGUACCGCCAAGCGAUUUAGUGUUCUGGUAUGAUGUCGUGUAGAAACCGAAAAGGCAUGUGAAUUUUCAUCCUCCUCCUAACAAGUUAGUAUGCUUCUAUCUUAGACUGCAUCAUCACUUACCAUCAGGUGAGAAUGUAGUCAAGGGUUAACUUGUAUACACGACGGUAUAGGUAGGAAUACCUAGUACGCGACCUGCAUGUUGAACAUUUUCGAGUAUUAGCGACAUACAGUGAGAGAAACUACAAUCGCGUAGAAAAUCUAUUAUUUGACAUCUUUAUUGUACCAGGCAACCAGGAGCACACGUCUAACACUUUUGUUUAUAACUGUAUCUUCGCAGACAACUGUCAUAUUGGUCCAAUUUACUUGCCAGGGCCUAUACCUACUUAAAUACAAAAAUGAUUGUCGUUUGAAAAUUCAACUUGUACUAUAUACCUACCUAUUACAAUAAAGGUUUUUGAAAUGAAAUAACACAUAUUAGUUGGAAAUGCAAUUUUUAUUACUCAUAAGCAUAUAGUCUUCAUUUGAAACUCCGCUGACAAAAUAUUUAUUUACCUAUUUGCAACGCGCAACCACAACUUUUCAGUUGUGUGCAUUUUAAGAAAUUAAAUAUCACGUGUCUCAAUCGGUGAAGGAAAACAUCGUGAGGAAACCUGCAUACCAGAGAAUUAUCUUAAUUUU